AUGGCUCUUUUCUAUGCACAAGGUGUCUGCUCAGGAACCCUCGAGUUAAAUUUGCCGGCGAGCAGGACAUUGACCACAUGCAUAUGGGCUUCACAGGAGAAGAGAGACGUAGACAAAGCACAGCCAGCAAAUUUCGAAGGGCUUUCCAAGCUUCCAUUCCUCUGGAAACAUUCUCGCUGA